AUGGAAGCUGGAGGAUGCUCUCAGCGCGGGCUCCGCCAGGUGUCCGGAGAUGGAGAGGGGGAAGAGGCCCGUCCGAGCUCGGCUGUGUGCAGCGGAGCCUAGGCUGGGGUAAGGACUCCGCCCCAGGGCGCAGGUGCGCAGUCCAGGCUAGGCCGCCCGCCAGGGUGCGGAGUGGGCCUGGGCGGCCCCCCACGUUGGGGCGGUGGUCCCUGGAGACGCUCCGAGGUGGGAGGGUCCCGCUUCCCACCCACACGGGGACGUCCGGGAGAAGCUGCGGAGCAGAGUCCGCAGGCGCGCGGCGUUCUAGGGGCAGUGAAAGUGCCGGGUGCGGGGGUCCCCGGGACAGCCCGGCACGGCAGGUCGGUCUUGGGGCCCUACGCGGAGCGGCGCCCCCUGGCGCGGGGGAGGAGGACGGAAGCGGGGAGUGAGGGCGAACCCGCGGGAGUGCCGGUGGUCCCCCGCGCGGCGCGCCACGUCGGGACCCCGUGGAGCUGCGCCCCCUGGUGCGGGGGCGGAGAGGCGGGCGAGGGCCCUGGCUCUUAC